CCUCGGGCUGGGGGCGCCCCUCUCCCUGCGCCCAAGGACGACUGGGCCGCCGCGUAUGGCCCGGGCCCUGGGGCCCCGGCCGCCAACCCAGCCCCGCUGGCAUUCGGGCCCCCUGCGGACUUUAGCCCGGUCCCUGCGCCCCCUGGGCCUGGCCCGGGCCUCCUGGCGCAGCCCCUUGGCGGCCCGGGGGCGCCGUCCUCGCCUGGAGCGCAGAGGCGGACGCCCUACGAGUGGAUGCGGCGCAGCGUGGCGGCCGGAGGCGGCGGUGGCAGCGGUAAGACUCGGACCAAGGACAAGUACCGCGUGGUCUACACCGACCACCAGCGCCUGGAGCUGGAGAAGGAGUUCCAUUAUAGCCGCUACAUCACAAUCCGGCGGAAAUCAGAGCUGGCCACCAAUCUGGGGCUCACUGAACGGCAGGUGAAGAUCUGGUUCCAAAACCGGCGAGCGAAGGAGCGCAAAGUGAACAAGAAGAAGCAGCAGCAGCAGCAGCCCCCACAGCUGCCACCAACCCAUGAUGUCACCCCCACCCCCACUGGACCGCCCCUGGGGGGGCUGUGUCCCAGCAGCAGCAGCCUCCUGGGCACCGCCUCCCCGAUGCCUGUCAAGGAGGAGUUUCUGCCAUAG